AUGGAACAUAUAAUGGUAAGUUCAAUAAGAUUCAUAUUAUCUCAUCUGUUUCUUGAUAUAAAUCAAAAGGAUAACGGUGUAUCAACUAAUAUGUACAAACAACAACCGGCAUUACAACUUCCACCAAUGACGUCUCCGACACCAGCUAGUGCAGCCAUAUCGCCUCGUUUUGAUAGUCUCAUGGCACGAUCAAGUUCAACUCCUUGGUCACCAGCACCAUUGAAUGGAAGUCAAUACGAGAAAACAUCAGCUGAUCCAAGGUUAACAAGUCCUACAUAUGUGAAAUCAUCUUUUUUAUGGCCAAAUAAGAGUAAUACUUCAUUUACAAAAAGAGCAGACUCAACGGUAUACAAUAAUAAUUCGUUCACCAAAGUAUCGGAUUCAACAUUACAUAGUAAUAAUUCCUUUACGAGAAGAAUGGAUUCAACAGUAGCCAGUAAAAAUUCAUCCAAUGCACAAAUGAUAUCAAGUUCUGAUGAAACAUGUGUUUGCUUAAAUGAUACAUGUUCACCUCGCUGUAAACUUGGUAUACUUGGUUUUAUUAUUGGACUUUUAGCUGUUUGUAUACCAUUGGCUGUGGUGUUAGUUUUAUGGCUAAGAAAAUAA